AUGUCAGGGCUUCUUUGAUGGUGGAUCGAAUACAAACGUCUCUACAAUAAACUUAAUAUAUGAAUUUGACGUGUGGAUGAUUUAAUCUAAUCCAUCAGAAGAUGCAUCCAACCAGGCAUGAAUGGCCACCCGAAAAUCAGGCCAUUCCAAAACUCAGGUGUGUCACAACAUGACAUUUUUUAACGUUUAAGGCAUGAUUUUAGAUGAUGUGGUCCAUUUGAGUUUUAGAUCAACAUGCGUUUUGAGAUCAAAAGAGAAUAGGAUGGGGUGCACAUGAUGGAUGAAUGGAUUGAAUGUGAAAAAAGAAGGAAAAAAACCACUCUGAGCCUCUUCUCAUACCAUAGAUUAUCCACCCACCACUCAAAAUGAUAAAGGGUACCUCAAUAAUUUCACCUACCAAGGAUUAAAAUUUUGCUUCUUUAUAGAAGAAUCCAAAAGAAAAUAAAUCCAAAAUUGCACAUCUAUAAUUUUACUUCUCAUAAAUUAGUCGUAAGGUAUCUUCCCUCUUCCUGUCCUUUCCCUUACAAAGAGAACUGCCAUCUCUCUAUAUAAAUAAUAGUCUCCCACACCUUGUCCCUCAACUAUAUUUUCCUGCUUCUCCUAUAUUCAAAGCGCCCACACACACUCACUUCCACUCUAUUACAAACAAUGGAGAAAAGCAUGGAAAUCUCCAAAGAUAGUGAAAAAGGGGUUGUGUCAAGCGCAGUAGAUGGUUUCAUUGAUUACAAGGGUAACCCUGUUAACAAGUUCAGGCAUGGAGGAAUUAAGGCAACCAUCUUCGUUUUCGCUGCGGCGGCUCUGGAGAACAUGGCAAACCUUGGAACAUCAGCGAAUUUGAUAACAUAUUUCUACUUGCACAUGCAUUACAGCAUGUCAGAAUCGGCGGACAUGUUGACCAACUAUAUGGGAACAACCUUCCUACUCUCUUUGGUGGGGGCCUUCAUCUCCGAUGCCUAUCUCACAAGAUCAAAGACCCUCCUUAUCUUUGGCUCCUUUGAAUUAUUGGGCUUCAUGCUACUCACCAUCCAAGCACGCGUAAAGUCGCUUCAAGAGCCACCAUGUCAAAUAUUCAAUCCUCUUGCCAACUGCCAACAUGUUAAUGGAAGGAAGGCCACUUUUCUUUUCUCGGGUCUGUAUCUGAUUGCAUUGGGAUCAGGAGGCCUCAAGGCAACUUUGCCGACCUUAGGUGCUGAUCAGUUCGAUGAGAAUGAUUCAAAGGAGCGCAGUCUCAUCUCUUCCUUCUUCAAUUUCUUCCUAUUUAGUCUUUGCGUAGGCUCUUCCAUUGGUGUGACCUUCCUCGUCUGGCUUCAGGACAAUAAGGGAUGGGAUGUUGCUCUUUCCAUUUCAACAUCAGCCAUCUUUCUUGGCCUCCUCAUUGUCUCUUUGGGAUACACCAUGUAUCGCAACAAGAUCCCAGCUGGAAGUCCCUUCACUAAGAUCCUUCAAGUCCUUGUGGCGGCCUUUAGGAACCGUAAUCUUGACUUACCAAACAACGAAUCUCACCUGUAUGAAGAGAAGACCGGCAAGAAUUCAGAUAAGGAUAGACUUCACCACACACAACAAUUUAGGUUCUUAGACAAGGCCGCAAUCCUUCCCCAAAAUGAAGAAGCUCUUGUAAGCGACACGAGUGAAUGGAAGCUAUGCACAGUCACAGGUGUUGAAGAAGUGAAGAUUCUACUGAGGAUGGUUCCCAUCUUCGCAUGCACUUUGCUGAUGAACACAUGUCUUGCUCAGCUCCAGACGUUUUCGGUCCAACAAGGGAUUACAAUGGAUAACAAGGUAGGGAGCCUCAAGAUACCGCCGGCUUCAUUACCUAUCAUUCCCAUGACCUUUAUCGUCAUCCUCACACCCAUCUAUGAUAGGGUGUUUGUUCCCUUUGCUAGAAAGCUAACAGGACUGGAAACUGGGAUCACCCACCUACAACGUGUGGCAGUUGGAUUAGUCCUGUCCAUCCUUUCCAUGGCCGCAGCUGCGAUUGUAGAAUCAAAGCGUAAGGACGUGGCAAAGGAACACCAUCUUGUUUUUGCCAAUCCAAUGAUGACUAAAUUACCCAUGAGUGUGUUCAUGUUGAGCUUCCAAUUUUUUAUAUUUGGGAUCGCCGAUCUUUUCACCUUCGUGGGUUUACUUGAGUUCUUCUACAGCCAAGCUCCAACAGGGCUUCGGUCGUUGGGCACUGCAUUCGCUUGGUGCUCCAUGGCUCUUGGGUUUUUCUUCAGUUCUGUGUUAGUCAAUGUCGUCAAUGCCGUGACGAAGAAUUCUACAAGCAGCAAAGGUUGGCUAAAUGGGAACAACCUCAACACAAACCACCUCGAUCUGUUCUACUGGUUGGUUGCCAUCCUCAGUUUCCUCAACUUCCUCAACUACCUCUACUGGGCGAAUUGGUACAAGUACAAGCAAUCAGGGACGGGGUUAGUUUCUGAUAUGAAUGACAAUCAGGAUUUGUUAUUGUCAAAAGGAGAUUCAAAAUAGAAUGCCAAAAUAUUGAAUUGAUGUCAACGUUAAUAAUGACCAGAGAUGUUAUUUGGUUUUAUUUCAGUUAUUGUCUCUUUGAAAUAAUUAUAAUAAAGAUUUAUUAGCUCC